AUGGCACGCCUUGAGCCCUCCAAGCCAUGGACUCUGCUCGGAAUCCUUUCCACCGCCGGCGAGGUUCACAAGUAUGCUCGCCAUGUCGCCAUGCUCAAGGACCAGCUGGAGCAGAUGAACAAAGCUCACAAGGAGGCCCUGCGUGCAAAGAAGGCUGAGACCUCGGCCCUGCAGGAGCAGCUGCGCAAGAAGGAGGAGAAGCUGGAUUUCACGCGCAAGGCCCUCGCCGACAAGGAGGCAGAGCUGGUCAACACCCUUCGCGGCCACAAUGCCGACCUGCAGAGCGGCUUCAACAUGCGCGUCGGCACGGUGGACUACCUCACGCAGGAGCUGGAGGGCAAGGGGCUGCAGCUCGCCGCCAAGGACGAGGAGAUCGGCCUGCUGAGGGGCCGCAUCGCGGAGCUGGAGGCCGCCGCGGUGCAGGACAGCAACAAGGAGCAGGUCAUCGCCGACCUGCGCACAGAGAGGGACUCCCUGCACAGCCGCGUCAUUGAGCUGCAGGCCGCCUCUGCUGCGCAGGAGGAGGUCAACCUGACUGGCGCCGUCUACAACCAGACCCUGGCCAACAUGGAGUCCGACGCCGCCGACAUGCGCAGCCGCAUGGUCAAGCUCGAGACCACUACGGCGCAGGCCAUCGCGUCGGAAGCCGAGGCGAAGCAGGAGUACCAGAGGCUGUCCAUCACCACGCAGGCAAGCAUGGCAGCAUGUUGGGAGCAUGGGCUGCGCAAGCAGCUGGAGGAGCUGCAGGCGGCCAACGAGCACCUGGCCCAGGCCUCCCCCUCGGGCGGCGUCAUCACGCACGAGGCCCAUGUGAAGAAGGUGGCGGAGGUGGCCAACCAGGCGGCCAUGUGCGUCCUCACCGCGCUGGAGGCCCUCAAUGAGCCGGCGGGCGCGGCGGCGGCCCCCGAGCAGCAGCCCGCCGCGGCGCCCGGCACCCCCGCGGGCGCGCGGGUGGUCGCGCCCAUGGAGGCGGUGCGCGCGGCGCUGAGGCGGCUCUACGGGGACCUGUCCAAGGAGCUGAUGGCGCUGGAGGCGCCGGACGGCGCGCCACUGCUGCUGCCCUCCCCGACGAAGCGGCGCGGCUUCGUGGCGUCCGGCGGGGGCGGCGACAAGGCGGGCGGCCCGGCCGACCAGGGCCAGGAGCUGCCUGUCAACCUCGAGCUGGCGGACAGCGUGAUCGACCGGGACUACAAGAAGAGCACGGCGGCCGUCGUGUCGCUGGUGAUGACGGGCCGCGCGUGCGGCUCGCCGCGCAAGGCGGCGCCCGGCAGCCCGGCGGCGGCCGCGGGCGGCUCGCCCCUCAAGGCGGCGGCGGCGGCGGCGGCGGGCAAGAGCCCGGACCGCGGCAGCCGCCCGAGCUCGCCCAUUGUGCGUGUGCAGCGCGCCUUUGGGUUCGGCAAGGCCAUGUUGGACUGA